AUGUCGGACAUCACCAUCGGCAUCAAGCACUACGGCUCUCGGCGAGAGCAGCUCGACCGGCUCCUCCGCUCCAUCCGGCGGCGGUACGCGACGGCCGAGGUCAUCGUGGCCGACGACGGCUGCAAGGCGGACCGGACAGUCGCGCGCACGCACAACGUGACGCUCGUCUGCACCGAGGCGGGCAGCGGCCUGGGCCUCGGCCGGAACGCCAUCGUGCGACGCGCUCGUACAGAGUUUAUGCUCCUGCUCGACGACGACAUCGUAUUCUCCGAGGCCACCGACCUCGCCGCGCUGCACGACGCGCUGGUGCGCGACCCAGGCGCGGCGCUCGCGGGCGGCUGCUACGACGACCUGGAAGGCGGCGACGCGGACUGCUUCAACCUCGCCUUCAGCGUGACCGGCGGCGGCACGUCAGUGGCGGCGCGCUUCGCCACGCUGCAGGCGCAGGGCGGCGGGUGCGGCGUGGUGGGCGCCACCCACAACUUUUUCCUCGCUCGGCGCUCCGCCCUCGUGCAGCACGGGUGGGACGCGCGCCAAAAGCUGAUGGAACACCAGGCCUUCUUCUACGCGCUCUGGCUGCACGGCCUGCGCGUGCUCGCCUGCCCGGCGGUCCGCGUGCAGCAUCCACGCAAGCGUGGUCCGCGCGCAAGGCAUGCAGGCGUUCGCCAGACAGCGCAGAGGCUAGGCGACCGGGGAAGGACUAGAUUAAAGAGCAACACUCCCGAACUCGGCCUUCUGCACGCCGGGCACGCCGUCCCCUUCGACCCGGGUGUCACCCUACGCCACGGCACCACCCCGCGCGGCAGCACCUCCUCCUCCGCGCGUCAGAGAGAGAGCGACUAUCUGCAGUACCUCUGCCGCAACUUCCCGCGCAUCGACUCCUGGGCGACGCCGUGGUGGACCGUCGACUGCGGUGCGCACACCUUCAAGUCCGUCAACGACGAGAGCCCGAUGCCGCUAGCUUGGGACGCCUCGGACGACACCUCGAUCGUCGCCCACACGCUGCGCGACGACCUCGGCCUCUUUGUCCUCGUGCUCAGUGCGCAGGGCCGCGCUGCCGCUCGCGACACACUCCGCCAGAGCUGGAUCCGCAUCUUUGGCCGCGGGAGCGGCGCGGUGCACGGGAUGCGCUGGGACUAUGGCUUCUUCCUCGGAGGAGCGGGAGCGGCGAGCCCGGCACCGCUGAUGCGCGGCGACAUCGUGCGGCUGGCCUCGCCCGACGGGUACGCUCAGCUGGGCGACAAGGUGGUGGCCGCUCUCGCGUGGAGCGUGGCCCAUGUCAAGAGCCGCUUCAUCCUCAAGUGCGACGAGGACUCCUUCGUCCACGUCGCUAAGAUCAACGAGUACCUUGCCGGGCUCGGCGCGGCGGCGGCGGCGGCGCUCUACGCGGGACAGGUGGUGGUCGCGCCGGUAAGGCGCACCGGCAAGUGGGGCGUCCCGGCGGAGGUUUUCCCGGCGGCCCAGUACCCGCCGUACGCCAAGGGCGGAGGCUACCUCCUCUCGAUCGACGUGGCGCGCCAGAUCGUACCUGAGAUCCAAACUGGCCGCUCGCCGCUGCUGAGCAACGUCGAGGACGCGAUGGUCGGCGUCGCCGCCGACAGGCUCGCCAUGAGCGCGACGGGGCUCAAUCAUCACUUCCGUGAGCUCUCGCUGGAUAUUGCGGCCGUGAGGGCGGCGUCGGCUCUGCAUUGCUGCUCGUCAGACACGAUGCUGUACCACAAGCCAGCGCAGCUCGCCGUCUGCGAUGCGUGCUGGGCGGCGGGCGGGCUGGAGCCCGACACGCAGGCCGCCGGCGCAGCGGCGUACGAGCACUUUAAAAACGGCGCGAGCUCAAAGUGCUUCGGCGUGCUCCCGGCAAAGACGCGAGCAAAAGUGCCAGUGGCCGCGUCCUUCUUCCACGUGCUCACCUUCAUGGUCGUCGGCCGCAAGGAGGCGGUCAAUGUGCAGGCGACGUGCGACGUCCUCUCCGGCGUCGCCAACGUCUCCUUCUUCUACGCGCACUACGACGACGCGCAGCCGUGGUAUGCGAAGCAGGCGUGGUAUCGGCGCUGCGCUCGCGACCACGUGGCCUACCGCGAGAAGGUCAAGUCGCGCUUCGUCGUGAACGCGAUCGCGUCGCGUGGAAGCGCGUGGGCCGAGACCUACUCGCACGUGUGGAUAAUCGACGAGGACGUGCGGUUGCCGCCGCUGCGCUACCGAGCGCUCGCGCACUACGACAAGUGGAUGGCGAGCUUCGAGGCCGCGCGCGAGACCUUCAUCUGGGGCACGCCCGCCUUCCGCCGCCGGCUGGAGCUCGUUGUGGCCGAUGUCAUCACGCAGUGA